AUGGACAAUCUGGACGGUCCGUUCACUGCGUCAAGCGCGCACGCGGAAAAUAAUAACGGCAUAGCGCUUUUGCUUUCUGGUCCAUCGCGGCAAGAACCGUUCUCGUCACCAUUGCCAUCGAUCGCCGCAACAACACCCGCAGCACCAUCAGAACAAUCAGCAGCAGCAGCAGCUUCUGUAGCGAACCACUUACGUGUUCCCCCAGCAGCCACAUCCGGUUCCCGACAAGAGCGCAUUGCGACCGCGUGUAGUCCCCAAGCCUCGGGCGCUAGCGAAGCGGUGUUUACGCCAUCUAGCGAAGGAACGGAUCCCGUUGCGGAGGCGAAGGAGCAGGAGGAGAAUGCGGAAAAGAAAGGAAACGGGGGAAAGGAGGGGAAAGAGAAGUCGUUGCGUGGAGCCGACACUCGGCAGCAAGAAGAAGCAGCAGCAGAAGGAGGGGUAUCUACUGCGCGUGUAAGUGCGCCUGGCCGACCGCUUGAGCAGCCAUGGUCGCGGGAUCUAGGAAUGGACGUGGAGCGAGGUAGCGACGAUUCGCUGCUGGCACAAGUAGAGCUGCAAAGGCGGCAGGAGCAUAUGAUGCUGGAGGAGGAGGGGCGGCAGCAGCAGGAGGAGCGGCGGCGGCGUCGGCCGCACCACCACCGCGCGGCGUGCAACGGCAACACAAGCUGCCGGCCGGCCCCGGCCGCUCCACGAUUUGUGCGCCCGGGCGCAAUCAAGCACAAGCUUGAGAGUAGAAUCCUUGCAACGAAGCGCGCCCGCUACAGCUCCGCGCACACGCUCUCUCCCCUCUCCCCAAACCUUCCCCCAUUCCCAGCUCCGCGGAGAGGGGCGCCCUCCGGGGCUCCCCUAGCUCCGCUCUCGCUUGCGCUUUCCGCCCCUAUUCCCCGGUUGGCGGGGAACCUGAGGUCACGGGGAACAAGCGCGGGUGCUCCGCUCUCGGACUGGCAAGUAGCGCAAUCAGUCUGGCCUGCUCCGCGCGCGAGCAUCAACGGUUUAGCGUCUGUUUUAGCCGAUGCUGUCGUUGUAACGAAUGUUCCUGUUGUAUCCGAGGCUGAUUCUGCAGCAGCAUCAGCGGCAGCUUCUGCUAUCGUUCCAGCAGCAGCAGAAACACCGCCACGGGCAGCACCGGCUGAGGUGGAUUUGUCGUUGCUGCGCACCCCUCCGGCGGAGUUCCGCGGGCCGUUCGCGUCCUGCCCCGUCAACGGGCACCGACGAAAGCUCUACGCCGCUCCUCCGUGCUUGCGAUUUUGUGCGACGACCCAGGCGACGGCGCGGGCGAUGCAUGCGACUCCGGCGACGCCAGUGACUCUGGCUGCGCAUGUCAUUGCGAGCGACGCGACAGACGAGCAUCUGGAGGAGAGGGGGGGAAGAGAGGAGAGAGGGGGAAGAGAGGAGAGGGGGGGAAGAGAGGCGAGGGGGGGGAGAGAGGAGAAUGGGGCGAGAGAGGAGAGGGAGGACAGUGGGGCUGUUGGGGUCCUGAACGGGGAAUCGGAAAGAGCAGAUACAACAAGGCAAGUGGUUGCCAUACGAUGGGAUGACACGCAGUUGACGGAAGAGGCGCAGCGGAAGGAUAUGCUAGCCGAGGACAGCAGCAGGAGGACGCAGAUGGAAGAGCCGCAAUCGGAGCAAUGGCAGCAGCAGGAGGGAUCACGCGUCGGGGCGAAAGCUGGCGGAGAAAUGGCCGGAGAAGCGGGCUUCGACGGGGGACUGAGCGGCCCGCCUAGUCCUACAGGCAACGCUGCUGGCAAUCUUAUAGCUGCCUCUACCGAAAACCGUUUUAGCAGCCCGAUGUUCCAAGCGAACUAUGUCACAGCCUCGCCCUGUUUCAGAUCUCCUGUUGCCCCGCCUUCCCCGUCGUUAACCCUCUCCCCCUCCCCCGCGCUCCUCCCGUCGCCCGCCAUGCCCCACGCUCACUCCGCUCCCCGCGCGCCGUCCGCCAUUCCGCCCCUCCCCGCAAGUCUUCCCCCCCUCCCCGCGAUCCUUCCGCGGGUAACCGCUGGGUUGCCCCCUCUGUCUGCGGGGCCUUUUUCCUCCCCGGAACCGCGCACUCCCCCUGCCGUUCCGCGCCUGCGCUUUCAGCGCAAUCCGCGGAGCUUAUUCGGGCGGAGAACAGGCGUUGCGCAGGCGCAGGCGCAGGCGCAGGAGCAAGGGCAGGGCGCGCGAUUUGGGGGAACUUGGGGGAAGGAGAGCGGAUGCGGGAAGGCGGAGGCGGACUGGGAGGGGGAGACGGAAGCAGCAGAGGCGGAAAUGCGGAGCUUGAGUGUGGGGGAUACGGGGGAGAGGGCGGAAGGACUGGGGCUGCUAGACUUGCCCCAAGAGGUCGUGGUGCGGAUUGUCUGCUGUCUCCGCCACCAUGAGCUCUCCUCUCUCCUCCUCACCUCCAAGGCCGUCAGCGAUGCGGUGCUGACAGCUCGUGCCAUCCACUUUGAUUUCACCACGCCAGACGUGGACAGGAGGGGCGGCAGCAGGGGCCACCAUUCCCGGGGGCUGCGCUGGCGAAGGGGAGGGGGAGGGAGGCACCGCACACUGGGGAGAGCAAGGGCGCUGAGGGAAGGCGGAAAGUAUAGGGGAGAGCUGGUUGCUUUUGAAGACAGAGAACGUGGAGUAGUACUGGCUAUUGAAGGAAGUGCGAUGGCUAUGUGUCUUCAUGGGGAGGGGAGAAGUUUGGAGAAGGAUCAUCAGGAAGCAGCGGAAAUGGGGAUGGGGACAGGGGAUCAGUACGCUUCUGUCAAACUGUCCGGUGAGCAGCAAGAGCGAGAAGCUUGUUGCGAUUCAAAGCAGACGUCAGAGCAGCAGCAGCAGCAGGAGCAGGAGCAGCAGCAGGAGCAGCAGCAGCACCAGCAGCAGGAGCAGCAGCAGCAGCAGGAGCAGCAGCAGGAGCAGGAGCAGCAGCAGCAGCAGGAGCAGCAGCAGGAGCAGCAGCAGGAGCAGGAGCUUGAGCAGGAGGAAGAGGAGGAACAGCAGAAACUACAGGAGGAGCAUCAGUUGCACACUCUGCCUGAGCCUCCUCUUCUCCCUCCGCGCCGCGGCCCUUCCUCUCGAUUGCUCAACCCAGCCAUGAGAGUGGAAGAGAUUCAGCAACUGACUGCUGUGCUCUUUGCAUCACCUGCUGCUGGUGGUGGCGCUGCUGCUGGAGAGGAGUUGAGAGAGGUGGAGGAAAGGGACAGGACACUUGGUGCUGCCAACGAUGUGCUUGCACGUGCAUGCAUUGUAAUGUAA